CCUUCCGCUACUUGGGCUCUCUGCCAGUGCAGGCAAAGCUCAGACUCUCUACCAGGGAGCACAGAGGCAGGCAGGCAGGCAGGCAGCCCUGUGCCAUGGCUAAGGCAUCCCGAGCUGCCGAGAAGCCUGUGCCUCGUGGCAAGCUGUAACGUGGACACCCAGGCAGACAGACAGACAAGACAGCCCCAGGUGGGGGAGGGACAUCCAGCUCUCCCCCCCCAGGAUGCCGUUUGGCUGCAUUGGACUACGGGAUGAAAAGAGCUACAACAGCCUAUCCGACAUCACUGACAAAUAUGAAAUCGGGCAGCUGCUGCGGGCGAAGGAGUUCUGUGAAAUCUGUGUGGCCCGUGAACGACAGACGGACAGAUUGUACAUCUGUAAGAAGUUUCUCAAGAAAGAUGGGCGCAAGGUGCGAAGAGCAGCCAAGAAUGAAAUCCUCAUCCUGAAGCUGGUGAGUCACCCCAACAUCCUGCAACUGAUUGACACAUUUGAGACGAGGAAAGAAUUUUACAUCAUCCAAGAGCUGGCCACUGGCGGAGAUGUUUUCGACUGGAUCCUCGACCAGGGCUACUACACAGAGAAAGAUGCCAGCAAUGUCAUCCGGCAGGUGCUGGAGGCAUUAGCUUACCUGCAUAACCUGCACAUUGUUCACCGCAACCUCAAGCUGGAAAAUCUCAUGUAUUACAACCAGAACAACCGCUCCAAGGUGGUACUGAGGGAUUUUUAUCUUUCACGUUUUGAGAACGGUGCCAUUACUGAACCCUGUGGGACCCCUGAAUAUUUGGCUCCCGAGGUGGUUGCACGGCAGCGCUACGGGCGUCCUGUUGAUUGCUGGGCUGUUGGGGUUAUCAUGUUUAUUCUUCUGUCUGGGAAUCCACCUUUCUAUGACGACGCAGAUGAUGAGAACAGUGACAGUCACAACCGCCGCAUCUUCCGUAAAAUCCUGGCUGGGGAUUAUGACUUUGACUCCCCCUAUUGGGAUGAAAUCUCUCCUGCCGCCAAAAAGCUUGUCUCACGGCUUAUGGAAGUUGAUCAGGACCAACGGAUCACAGCUCAAGAGGCUCUAGGACACAUCUGGAUAUCUGGAAACAUUGCUUCUGAAAAGAACCUCAAGGAAGGGGUCUGCGCCCAGAUUGAGAAGAAUUUUGCCAAGGCCAAGUGGAGGAAAGCCAUUCGUGUCACUACUUUCAUGCAACGGCUCCGGGCCACAGAUGUCAGUGGACGCCUCCCUGUCACUCCCCGUUCCUCUAUGAGUGUUGCUCACGAAGUCACCAUUGAAGCACCCAAGUCGGCCGAACGUUUGGAGACACCCUGCCCGCUGGAGGAGGAAGAACAAAAGACAAGCAAGACAGAGGGAGCUGCUGAGAAGGCAGAAUAAUGGCUCAUGCUUCCCCCCGCUCGACCCAAUAUUUUGAAGCCUUCUCUGCUGACUCCACAGGCCCUGUAUUUGCAAGAGGAGGGCUCUGUGGAGCAGCAGCCUAGGCAAGGAAUGUGGGAGAUCCACAGCAGUGCUGACCCCUUUCCCCGAUCCCUGCCAUGGGCCAGGAGCAGGAGCUGCCUGGUGUGGAUGGACAGGCAAGUGGAAAAGAAGGACUGAUCAACCACAUGGAGAGAGAUAUUCUAUCCAGGAAGGAGGGAUUGAGAAUUAAAGGCAGGAUAGGAUAGGUAUCUUCAAAUAGUUUAUUAUACAAGCCCAAGUAGGCUAUAAUGUAGUACAUUGCAUACUGUUCUAUCCUGAUCAGUUACUUUUAUUUUUUGUUAUAUUUCCUGUACAAGCCCAAGGGCAUGACAAAAAGAUACAAGUACAGGGUGCACAGAACAGUACCUUGAAAGCAAACUGGGAGCAAAUAUAACAAACAAAGGAUAGGUAGUUGUCAACUGUACAGCCCUUAACCCUGCAACCGAGAAUGCACCUAACUCUUUAUCAGGAAUGUGGGAAUCCUUUUAAGGCCUUUCCCUAAAAGCCAGCACAAGCUGUGUCCUUUGCCGUAUAGGAUCACCUUGCCUUGCUGCAGACAAACACCCUUUGCUGAGCAACAAGCCCACUGACCAACACUAUACAUGCCCUCUGUUCUUGUGGCUUCACAGGGGCUUAGGAGCAUAGGAGGCUUUAGUCCACAAUCCCUCCCACACAAAACAAUGUAGAGGUUGAGUCAAGAAGUGGAACGCAUCCUCUCCCUUGGGAGCCAGCAUUCAUGCGCUGGAGCCAUUGCACACAAUACAAAGACAAAGACACGGGGCUCUGUUCCCAGAGAACAAGGCAUGAGUCAGAUGAGAGUCCAUUCCAGGAGUUGGGAUCCAUUUUCUAGCCUUGCUCGGCUCCACUAUGUGCAGCUCCGCAUUUCACUUUCAGUAAUGGCAGGGCGGUUUGGAGGGUGUUUCACGCUGGCGAUUGCUGCCCUGCUGGUUUGGAUCCCAACCUCAGCUGCUGGACUGUGGAGGGAGGGAUGGGGUAAAAGGGAUGCAUGCCCAGGCCAGCUGCAUGUUUUAUGAAGAUGCUAUUUUAAUACAGAAACCUCCCAGCUGCCCCUCCCCGGUGCUGUCUUUCCCUCUCCCGGGGCAGCUCUGGGAAAUAAAAUAAACAGGGUUUUUCUCUGGU